AUGCCUACUAUUAAUGCCCACCGAACCUUUGAACCGCCAACAAUGCCUUCUCUUCCCGACUUUGAACGUCGUCGUUCCACAACAUCGUCGCUCUCGCAUAAUAGCGACUCUUUGGGAGGUCUCCAGUCACCACCUCUCAGAAGCAGAUCAAGCCGACCCAAGAGCGCCAAAUUCUCAUCAUACCGCCUGCGUAGUAAUUCUGGUCUUUCACUACACACCAAUGAAGAUAUUUUGCGACAAUACACCGACUACCACCCUGAUGGCACACCUCGCGCGGGCUUGUACAGCAAUGGAGGAGGUCAAUGGUCUGCCGAAAGGUUGAGGAGUAUCGACUCAGUUGCGUCUUCUGCAAGAAGCCAAAGAUCCAGUAUCGCUUAUACCGAAUCAGACAGCUCUGGUGAGCUCCCAAUUCCUGACUUAGUGGGACGAGAGAUGUUCGAUAUGGUCAUGGCCGACCACGCUGCUAGUGGACAAUUAUGGAAAUUUGCUGCUGAUCGUGGUGUUGGUCAGAAUGUGGACUAUCUUAUGAAGAUCCGCGACUACAUCCAAUCCUUGGAACAGGUUGUCAUCCAGCUAUCGACCAUAUCAACCUCAUACACCUCCAUCACCGCAACCUCACCACUUGGCCUUCCCGCACCAAUGUCAAAGGCUCUCAACACCAACAUCAAGCACCUCACAACAUCUCUCAUUCCCAGUCUGGAGAACAUGUUUCUUGAGUCUAAAGCAUUCAUCGAGCAGCGCAUCGUCAGAGAAAUCUUUCCCGAUUUUGUCAAGCAACAGUUAUCGCAAUGCACCAGUUUGGCUCUGUCCCUCGAUGCAGAAGGCGACUCUCCACUGAACCCGUACCCCGGUUUGAAGGGUUCUUUCUGCCUCAGCGAUCCCUCGCGAUCUGGAAACCCGAUUACUUUUGCCUCAGAUGAGUUUGAGGAAUUGACAGGAUAUUCGCGAACCGAAGUUCUCGCACACAACUGUCGAUUUCUUCAGGGCCCCCAGACUGAUCGGGAUCGCAUCGCCAACAUGCGCUCAGCCAUCUGGCGUAACGAUGAAUGUACAGAGCUGCUCUUGAACUUUAGAAAAGACGGCACACCUUUCUGGAACCUCUUAUUCUUGUGUCCUCUUCUCGACAAAACCGGAAAGACAAAGUUUUUCAUGGGUGCUCAGAUUGAUGUUUCAUCCUCGAUACACGACACAGACGAUGUUCUCAAGAUUCUGUCUUAUGGUGCUAUGGAGGAAGAGAGAGCUACCGAACGAUGCAGUUCCCGCUGGGCGAGCGAAGCUUCUCACGACGAGCCUGAACACGACGAAGCAUUUGGAAUUAAGAAUAACCAAAAGUCAUCAAAGAAGGCGACCUCUUUCUUUAAAUCGUUCAAGAAAGCGAACCCUCCUCCAUCACCACCAUUGAGCCCUCGCCGCAGUGCUGAUAGACCUCACUCAUCAGGACAUGUGUCGGAUAAAACAUAUAGCACACGAAGCGUCAUCAGAAGAUUUUCCAGCCAGCCUGAAAUGCUUAUGUCGACCUACGCCCGGUACAUGAUUCUCGAACAUGUGCCAUCUUAUCCCAAGUCCCUCGGCGCAAUGCCCCUAGACCAGGAGGGCAAAUACCCUCCAAAACUCUGCGUUUCCUUUUAUUCCAAGGAAAUGUCCGACGCACUCGACCUUGGCCCAUCUACCGAAGCCAUUAUAGGCAAGGACAUAUUCGACAUAAUGACUGAACAAGCUACACUACCUUCAGUCACAAAGGCGUUCAAACUGACAGUUCGAGACCUCGUUGUACGCGAUGGAAAGUCUGUUUCACUCGAUCUCGCCCUUGCAAACCAUAUUCCCCGUCGGGCCAACACGUCGAGGUCACCUGUCACGGGUAGUGAUAAUGCGGAUGGACCGCACAAGAAGCCCGCCAAGCUUAUGAGCCACUGGACGCCUCUCAAAGAUGCCGAGGGUCACGUCAAAUAUGUGGUGAUGAUUGUUUCGCCAAUCUAA